GUAGCAAUUAUGCACGGUGCAUAAGCUUGGGCUUAUGCACCAUAACCAGACCCGAUUCGCCUCAUGAUAAAUAAGCUUAAUCUUGACAUUCCAAUCUAAGCUCAAGAAAAAUCGAAAUUUCUUUGUGAGACCCCGCCUGAACACAUUUGCUACACUGUUAUUAUUGAUUGUGUUGUGUGCACUAUAAUUGCCUAUGUCCAUCCACACCUCUAGCUUCUUAUAUCCCAACCUCCUCACCAUCGAUAAACCUUCAUAUAAUCCCAUAAUUCGUUACAACCAGUGAUUUAGAAAAAAACCACUUAUCCACUUCCCAUAGUUGGAACUUGGAAGAAAAAUAAUGCAACUUGCUAGUCCGAAGGGAAUGAGAAAGAAGAUAGUCCAGUUUUGAGUGAGAAGUGUGCAGCGGUGUAGUAUGGCGGAGAAGAGCAGGAUAUUAAUAAUCGGAGGGACGGGGUAUAUCGGUAAACAUAUAGUUGAAGCAAGCGUAAAGGCUGGACAUGAAACUUUUGCUUUGGUCAGGGACUCCACCAUGUCUGACCCCAUCAAGGCUAAGCUCCUCCACAAUUUCAGGACUAUGGGAGUUAAUUUGGUCCUUGGGGAUCUCUACGAUUAUAAGAGUUUGGUGAAAGUAAUUAAACUGGUAGAUGUGGUCAUAUCUGCUGUGAGUCACACACAAGCUGCUGAUCAGAGAUUUUUCCCUUCAGAAUUUGGGAACGACGUUGAUCGUGUCCAUGCCAUUGAGCCAGCAAAAUCUGUAUUCGCUGUAAAAGCCCAAAUUCGUCGAACGAUUGAAGCUGAAGGCAUACCCUAUACAUAUGUAUCAACCAACUCCUUUGCUGGCUACUUUGUACCCUCAUUUGUCCAACCAGGUGCCACAGGUCCACCAAGAGAGAAAGUCAUUAUCUUGGGUGAUGGCAAUAAAAAAGGUAACACUAUUAGUAUUACCCUAUACAUUUAUGCAUGGUGUGACUUACUGUCUUUAAUAUGUUCAGCGGUGUUCAACAAGGAAGAGGACAUUGGAACCUACACUAUUAGAGCCGUGGAUGAUCCAAGGACAUUGAACAAAAUUCUCUACAUCAGGCCUCCUAACAACAUUUACACAUUCAAUGAAGUUGUUGCCUUGUGGGAGAUGAAGAUUGGGAAGACCCUCCAAAAAAUCUAUGUUCUAGAGGAUGAACUUCUCAAGGAUAUUGAAGAGACACCUUUUCCAGAGAAUUUAGGAUUAGCAAUCUGUCAUUCGGUGUUUGUGAAAGGUGACCACACUAACUUUGAGAUUGAGCCUUCUUUUGGGGUUGAGGCUUCCACUUUAUACCCGGAUGUCAACUACACCACUUUGGAUGAAUCCCUUGAUCACUUCCUUUGAGAAUUACAAUCAUAAAAUUAAAUAGAAGAUAUGCACGUUAUGCUAGCUUUAGCGUUUGACUCUGCUAUCAUAAAAUAUAUUAAUGUGUUAGCCCACCAAUUUUUUUUUAAAGAUUGUCUUGUGAGUCAUGACGGUAACUCAAAAUAUUGUGUAAUAUGUCUUUCUUGCUAUAAAAUAUGUUACUAUAGUAUAUAUUGAUUAGUUGAAAAUGAUGAUACUUGAGUUUUGGUUUUCUCCUCCGUUCUAUUUUUGUUAAGAGUCUCACAUCAGUUGAGAGAUGGCCUGACUAAGUGUUUAUAUACUAGAGGCAAUCCUCACCUUACAAGCCGGUUUUGUAAGGUUGAGUUAGGCUCAAUACUCAUUUCUAAGAUGGUAUCAGAGUCUCUCCACAAUCCGUUGGGCCACCUGUUAUCAGGUUUUCGCUAUCGGGCCACCUACCGCUUAUAUCCACGCACCAAGCCCAAUAGUGCUGGGCGUGAGAGGUGUUAAGAGUCCCACAUCGGUUGAGAGAUGGCCUGACGGAACCACUUGAUGCCAGAGCCGACCCCAAAUCAGAUUAGGUGGUCACCGGUGGUGGAAAAAAAAAGACAUAUCAUGCUAUUGUAUACUUUUACUUACAACUGGUUUUAUAUCUAUAUACAUACACAAAAUUUCCACAACAAUCACUAAUUCUCAAUAGGAUUAUAUUGCUAAAAUAUUCCAUAUCAAUUGAGACUAAUCAUGGAUUCAUGAUAUGGAUAAAGAUGACAUAUAUAUUUACUAUCAUUAAGUUGGUUCUAUUCUUACCAGUUUGAUUUUAGUGUUUUCCACCAGGACAUACAUAUAUAAGAGUGAGUCAAGUACUUUUGUAUUUGACAUUUGUUUGUUGAACUUGGAUUUGUACUUUGGAUUUGGAAACAUCAUCAGUGCUAUUAGAAUCGUUGCUUAUAAAAGUAUGAUUAUGAUGAGAGUAUGACCGUGAUGGAGUUGGCAAUGGCAAUGAUACGCGUACGGUUGCAGCUGGUGCUGGGGCAAGUUCCUCUUCAAGCAUCAACUUGGCCUGUGGUGGUGGUGCUGUUCUUAUAAUAUUGUUAUUCUGCGUGUGACCGUUCAUUCUUCUCACCUUCAUUGUUUCUGUUAUAUUUCCUGCAAAAUUGAACAGAAAGAUUAAUUCAACAAAUAACCUACCGUAAGUCGGGAACAAGUAAGUUAUAUGUCUUGAAACAAGAUUGUUUACCAUUUAAAUGUAGGUCAGCUUUUGAAUUCUCGGACAAGAGAAUAAGUGUUGGUGUGAUUAUUGUAAGGAGAGCCCAGAAGGCAAAUGUUGGAAUUAUAGUUCUUUCACUCGUCAUCAUAUAUGAUAAUCUCUUGUGAAAUUAAACCAGAACAAUUUCUAUACCUCCUAUAAGUAACGUUUAAAUUUUUACAUGACAUAGGCUUUUCGCGGGUGAGGGACACGCAGAGAAGAACAAAGGCGUGGAAUGUGAUGUGAAGUUUCAGGCUUGAAGAGAUUAGUUGGCCAUGUUUAAACAUAAUUGCUAUCAAGAUCGAGAUAUAUAGUAUUAUUACAUAGAAUAAUAGCAACUGCUACACAAUUUGAGUGUUUUUUAUUAUAAUAUAAACUAGAGUCAAAGUAUUGACAACCAAACUUUUGGUUUGGUUUAUCGGUUGUUGGAAGGUUGUUAUAUAUAGACAUUGAUGAUUGAUCUGGCUUGUUGUAUAUAUACAUUAUACUAAUCUCUUAUGGUUUGUACAA